UAGAAACUACUUUGAACUAAAUUUUGGAAAAUAUGCUAUUUAUCUUUGUCUCACUCGCGAAUACCAGGUUUGCUGUCUUAUUUUGAUACAACUGGCAAUGGCAACAGUGGCAACUGCUAGCUGUCAAAUAAAGAAUAAGUUGCAUUGCAUAGAUUGUAUCACUCAACAUUAUCUAAAAUGCAAGGUCUAAGCCUUCAAAGUUUAAAGAAGCAUCGAGCUCUUAUUCCCCUCUAUGUGUGUGUUGGAAUUGGGUGUGCAGGAGCUGUAGGUUACACACUACGUUUAGCUUUGCGUAAUCCUGACGUUGCCUGGGCAAAUAAAGGGGAAGGCGCCUCUAACGAGGACUACCGGUCGAAGCAAUAUAAGUUCUAUUCACCUAAUCUUGAUUAUAGCAAACUUGAAAGUCCGGCACCUAAAUACUAGUUAUCUACCCGUUGGUAGUAGUUUUGUAGCAAAACAUUAUGUGAUUAUGUACCUAUAUUAAAGUCUGUUUUAAAAUAUA